ACUCCGCCCCCGCGGCCAGGCGGCUGCUUAGCGCUGGGCUGCGGCGGGGAAGCAGGCGUGGGCCAGUCGCACCCGGCCUGGGGCAGCAGAUUAGAAGAGGAGUCAUGUCAGAAGAAACAGUACGCGAAUCACAGUUUUCCUUGAAGACAGCAGUACUGAGAGUGUUUGAUCUUCCUCUGUCUUGGUACUAUUCUCUCUCCCAGAUAAAAUUUUCACCAGUAGCAAAAAAGUUGUUUGUGGUAACUGCAGUGAGUGCUGUAUCUGUAAUUUUUCUGGCCCAUCACUUUAAAAGAAGACGUGGAAAGAAGAAAGGAAAAAUAUUACCGUGGGAACCAGAGCACCUUGUACUUGAAUACACUAAAAGAGCAGCAUCAGACAAAGGUUCAAGUUGUUCCAGUAGUAGACAGAAUUUGACAUUAUCUUUAAGUUCUGCCAAAGACAAAGGAUCUCAGUCUUGUAACUAUGCCAAUGGAGGACUUUUCAGUAAAUACUCAGGUUCUGCACAGAGUUUAGCCUCCGUCCAGAGUGUCAAUUCUUGUCAUAGCUGUGCUUGCGGCAAUUCUAACUCUUGGGACAAAGCAGAUGAAGAUGAUAUUAAACUUGUUAAUAUUCCUGUGACCACUCCUGAGAACUUAUACUUGAUGGGUAUGGAAUUGUUUGAAGAGGCAUUGCGUCGAUGGGAGCAGGCUCUUACCUUUCGAAAUAGACAGGCUGAAGAUGAAGCCUGUAGUUCCAUUAAAUUGGGUGCAGGAGAUGCCAUUGCCGAAGAAAGUGUAGAUGAUAUUAUUAGUACUGAAUUUAUCCAUAAACUUGAAGCUCUGCUGCAAAGAGCAUAUCGUCUCCAAGAGGAGUUUGAAGCUACCCUGGGGGCAUCUGAUUCUAAUUCCCUCGUUAAUGAUAUCGAUAAAGAUACAGAUACCACCAUGAAGGGGAAUAUGGAUGAAUUUGGCCUGCGAGACUCCUUGAGCGUUGCAUCAACUGAUUCCUUUGCUUCAGCAGCAGAGCUUGCGGAGCACAGAGAAGGACGGCAUGCCUACAGUCUAGAGUCUCUCUGCCACUGCCCUUUCUAUGAGGAAGCCAUGCAUUUAGUUGAAGAAGGGAAAAUUUACUCAAGAGUGCUUAGAACUGAAAUGUUGGAGUGCCUAGGAGACAGUGAUUUUCUCGCCAAACUUCACUGUAUUCGACAGGCUUUUCAGGUAAUACUUUCAGAAACAGCCAACAGGAUAUUCCUUGCUGAGAGUGGAAGGAAAAUUUUAUCAGCAUUAAUUGUGAAAGCACGAAAGAAUCCAAAGAAGUUUGAAGAUGUGUUUGAUGAAAUGAUAUAUUUUUUAGAGCAGACCGAUCACUGGGAUAAUACUGAAAUGGAACUUGCUGCUAGAGGAGUGAAAAAUCUAAAUUUUUAUGAUGUUGUUCUGGAUUUUAUAUUAAUGGAUUCCUUUGAAGAUUUAGAAAACCCACCCACAUCCAUACAGAAUGUAGUAAAUAAUCGCUGGCUAAACUCCUCCUUCAAAGAAACUGCUGUGGCUUCAAGCUGUUGGUCAGUGCUGAAACAGAAGAGGCAACAGAUGAAGAUCCCAGAUGGAUUUUUUGCCCAUUUUUAUGCCAUUUGUGAGCAGAUCAGCCCUGUCCUCGCCUGGGGCUUUUUGGGUCCUAGAAAUUCUCUGUAUGAUUUAUGUUGCUUCUUUAAGAAUCAAGUUCUUUUCUUCCUCAAAGACAUUUUUGACUUCGAGAAGGUACGCUAUUCCAGUAUAGAGACUUUGGCCGAAGACCUCAUGCAGCUCCUUACUCGCCGCACUGAACUCCUAAUGGCCUAUCUCGGAGCGGAUGCACUGAGGCAUGCAAGUAGCUGUCUGAGUAGUCACGGGCACGUUAUGUCCAGCGGCCUGUUGGAAGCCAAAGUACAAUAAGUACCAUAAAAACCAUACAGUGGGAGUGUGCUGUGAAAUAGUUAGGUAACUGUUGAUUUUGUACCAUGUAUUACAAGGAGUUGGGGGAUAUGGACUCAGGGAGGGAAAAGACAUCUGGGAGAGAAUGAGCGAUCAUUCUGUUAUUUACACAGAAGCUCUGUCGUUGAAUCCCUGUGUACUGUAUCCAAAGUGGCGCCUUCUAGUCUUUAGGUAAUAAUUUAAGUCAUGAAAUGUAUAUUUUACAGAAAUAUUGCUUGAACUGAAACCAGUACUUGCGAGUUAGUUGAUUUGUCGUCCCGAACUGUCUGCAAUGUCCAGUAUCAUUCUCAAAAGCUCUGUUUUUAUGCUUUGCACCUUGAAAGUAUACACUUCAGCCAAGACCUCUGUGGCCCCCUUAUGUAAGAAUAUAUUACUCCUAGUGUCAACAAAUUUAACUUUGCCUGAAAAUGUAUUUUUCAUUGUAAAGUUAUUUAUUGUUCAAUCAAGUUUGGGCAGUAGUGGUGUUUGAUAUGUACUGCUUACAUUACUGCUUGUGCAGUUGCUCAUGUUUGAAUCAGAGAAAUUGUAAUGGCUGAGUAUCAUUAUAAAACAUUUAAAUGAAUUGACACUG